CAAUAAGGGGCGACAGACGACAGAUUGUGGGCUACUGGUUGAGUCAUGAAUGUUAUGUUUACUUGUUUGGAAAUCAGACGACUGUGUAGUUAAAUAAACAAAAUUAAACAAAAAUAGUACGAAAGUAUUCACCAAUGAAUUUUAGUUAACACAACUGUGCUAUACGAGUAUCAUAUAAACUUCAGUCGCAGUUUCGUUAAUUUUUUAAGUUCUCGCUAUCCUAAUUUCAUUAGGGUAGAUAAAGAAGUUAAGUGACUAAUGGUGUAAAGAAAAACAAAGAAUAGCCUUCAAAUUGAAACAUGGACGAGAUGAAAACGCCGCUAACUGUGAACACAACGUGAUAUCUCGCUGUAUACGUAAAUUUCAAUACUUGAAUUGAUCUCGAAGCUACGCUUAUUAAAAUUCAAGGAAAUAUUAUAUAGAGAUUAAGGGAUUGUUAAAUAUCAAAAUGCCAGCGAUAUUGACGAAGAUCCGUGAGCAAGCGUUCAGGGUGCAGCCGACUAUAGCCGUGGGCGUGGGCGUGGGGGUGGCGCUCGCCGCGUGCGCAGUGUACGGUACGAGGGAGAAGAAACAGUCGCCGCCGUGUCAUAAUAACAAUAAUUAUAAAGUAGCGAAAAAUGGUACACUACAAGCUGUCAGCAACGGCAGCGCCGAAACGCAGACCUGUGGGGGGCGGUGCGGGGCCGAGCAGUGUGCGCUGUGUCGGGGGGAUGUGGACACGGAUAAUAAACAGAAUAUUGAGGACGCGGACGAGACACAAUCCGUCGAGGAACAUGUGCCAGGAUUGAAUCUGGAGUUCCUCAGGCAGCUGAUAUCGCUCGCCAAGAUCAUGGUGCCCGGCUUCCGCAGCCACGAGGUGGCGUUGCUCACUGCGCAUACGCUCUGUCUAUUUUCAAGAACUUUCCUAUCUAUAUAUGUUGCGUCUUUGGAAGGUUCUAUCGUAAAACACAUAGUGCAAAAGGACAUGCGGGCGUUCGCCGCACUACUCCUGCAAUGGUUCGGUAUCGCCGUACCGGCCACUUUCAUCAACUCAAUGAUAAGAUAUCUCGAGGGAAGGCUAGCGCUCGCCUUCAGGACUAGACUUGUGAAUCACGCGUAUGAUCUGUAUUUCAAAAACCAAACUUAUUACAGAGUGGCUAAUUUGGACGCAAGAAUCGAAAACGCUGAUCAUAGAUUAACAGAAGAUGUGUCUGUGUUCGCACAGUCAGUGGCGCACCUGUACAGCUCGCUGACGAAGCCGUGCUUCGAUCUGUUGCUGAUUGUUCUCACACUAGCCAGCUAUUCCAGCAAGAUGAAGGGCAAUAUAUUCCUGGGUCCAGGUAUAGCGACAGUAGUCAUAUGUCUAACUGGUCAACUCUUGCGCUUGCUGAGUCCAAGGUUCGGUGCUCUGGCUGGCGAGGAGGCAAGAAUGAAAGCAAAUUUGCGUCACGUACAUUCCAGACUAAUCGCACACGCGGAAGAGGUUGCUUUCUAUGGGGGACAUAAUGUGGAACUUGGCCAAUUGCAAUCCGCGUACAAACAGUUGGUCGCCCAAAUGACGUCGGUGUUUAACAAGAAGCUGUGGUACGUGAUGCUGGAGCAGUUCUGCAUGAAGUACGUGUGGUCCGGCACCGGGAUGGUGAUGCUGGCGCUGCCCAUACUCACCGGCAAGCGGCUGGAUGGCACAGCCGGUGAAGGCAUCAGUGCACGAACAGAGUACAUGACAACGUCACGUAAUUUGUUGAAUUCUGCCGCUGACGCCAUUGAGAGGCUCAUGUCUAGUUAUAAGGAAAUAGUGACGCUAGCCGGUUACGCGACGCGCGUGUCGGACAUGCUGGUCGUGUUCGGCGAGGUGGCGCGCGGCAAGUGCGUGCGCGCCGUGCACGUGGCGGCGCCCAGCGCCAACGGCUUCCAGGUCACCUUCCGGGACAAGCAGCCGGUGCCGAUGGGCAAGGUCACAUACACCAGCGAUCUCUCGAUCCGCCUCCGCAACGUGCCCAUAGUGACGCCCGCGUGCGACGUGGUCGCCAGCGGCGUCACACUCGACCUGAACCCCGGCACGCACCUGCUUAUUGUGGGGCCCAAUGGAUGCGGGAAAUCUAGCUUGUUCCGCAUUAUAUCGGGCCUGUGGCCGGUGUUCGGCGGCGAGCUGAGCGUGCCGCGGCCGUGCGCGUGCGCACACUGCGCCGGCGAGCCCGCCGCGCCGCCGCACUGCCUCGCCAGACCCGUCAUGUUCUACAUACCGCAGAGGCCGUACAUGUCGAUGGGCUCGCUGAUCGACCAGAUCACGUACCCGUCGCGCGCGGACGAGCGCGACGCGGCGGCGGAGGCGCGCGCGGCGCACAUCCUGCGCGUGGUGCGGCUGGACGCGUGCGCCGCGCGCCACGGCGGCCUGCGCGCCGUGCGCGACUGGCGCGCCACGCUCUCCGGCGGCGAGAAGCAGCGCGUCGCCUGCGCGCGCAUGUUCUACCACAGACCGGUCUACGCAUUACUCGAUGAAUGUACGAGCGCCGUCUCCAUGGAAACGGAAGUGGUGAUGUACGAGGAGGCUAUCAAGGAGGGCAUCACAUUACUUUCUAUCACGCAUAGACCCAGUGUAUGGAAAUACCACACACACGUAUUAGAAUUCGACGGCGCAGGAAGCUGGUCCUUCCGGCCGUUGGAAAAGGAUGCGCCCGCCAUUACACCUUUGGCGCCAGCGGCGAUCGAGAACACCAAAACUAAUAACAUUAGUGAAACUGCCGAGGUACCAAGCGAGUGAACACGCGGUACAACAUACGUAAAAACAACGCCGUCUAUAUUCAAUGACAGUCGUUUGGAACAGUUAUUUAAAACAGCGCCAUCUAUUGUCGACAAGUUUUCCCUAACAAUUUUCUAAUACAGCGCCAUCUAUGGACCAUAUAAGGAUACUACCAGUUUUUUUUAUUUGUUGCCGUCUGUGGACAGUAAUGGAAAAAUUUAUGCACACUGCAAAAUUAUAGUGAAUUCAUAAUAGUAAUAAUUAUAGUGGUGGACUGGUGGUGUAAAUUUUAAUGUGAGAUUGUGCGACGAGAUUAUGUCCUGUGUUAAGUAACAUCAAUUUGGUGUACAGCUUUAUGAUUGUGUAUGUACUUGAACUCGAGAAUAUUACGUGUAUGAAUUGUUAAAGCUGUGUUAUAAAAUUAUGAACAUGUUUCGUUUAUUAUUUACACGUUUUUAAACGUAAAAACUUACUGUUACCUGACACUGAGGUUUGAAAAAAUGUGAUAGUGAUUUUGUGAUUUAGGAUAAUUUUAAGUACUGAUUAUAAAUAACUUGUGGAAUUUUAUUUGAUUAAAGAUUUGUAUUUUGCAUGGAAUAGUUUUAUCAUUGCACGGAGGACUUUGAUUUUGAUUAUUAUUGAAAUUGAAGCAUUGAAACCUUUCAUCGAUUUUUUGCAAUUUAUAUUUUCAACUUUUAAAAUGUACAGCAUAGAACUUUCGAGAAAAACUAAAUUUGUAUUAUAAAAAUAUAUGUUGCAAUGUACAUAAAAAAAACCAGUGCGGUGAAAUUAUUGAUUAUAAUAAACAAUCCAAAUAAUGCUAUCGUUAAUAUUAAUUUCUAUGUCUUUUAGUAUCAGUAAAAUAAGUGAUGAAAAAUUUAAUUGAGAAAAAGAUUAAUGUGGCUGUUUAUUUUUUUUAUUGAUUUAUUUUAGAGAUUUUUUAUACAAUAUUGUCAAAACUGUGACAUUCUUAUUUAUUACACCAGCAUACGUAUAGUAAGUGUGAAUAUUUUUGUAAAAUAGAUAAAAAAUAUUUUGUAUGGUAGUGUGCAGAAAAGUUGCGAAGAGAUAAAAUAAAUGGGGUUUUAUAUAAAUGAA